AUGACCUCCCUGCUGAAAUAUGUCCUGCAUACAGGGGUGGAUGAGCUGGACCUUGGCCUGGAGGGAACGUUUCUCAAUGAGGUGCUCUACAAGAAGGCCACCUUCCUCAACCUCGUGGAUCCCAUCUCCCACGACCUCCUGAUGAGCCUGGCCAGAGACCUGCAAUGCCCCAAAAAGGAAUACGACCCGUGGAAGUCCUCUGACCGGAUCUGCCGGCAGCUGAUCUACCACUUGACUCCGCAUUCCAAAUGGCAUCGGUCUGGGCUGCCCCGUUGCAAGUCCCGCAGGAGCCUGAAGAGUAACCUGCAGAAGCAGCUUAGCCAAGAUGCCAUCAAUCUCUCUGGCAUCGCUCUCUCCACGCGCGACAUCCAGCAUCUGGCCUGUUACCUGCAGAACAGUGGUGACCACCUUCUCACCAUAGACUUGAGUUUCACUGACCUGAAUGAUGAUAAGAUGCGCUUUCUGGUGCCUUUUCUGUGGUCGCUGCCCAGCCUCACCCACCUCUCCCUCAACGGGAACCACUUGACCCGAGCCACUGUGAAAGAGCUCACAGACACCAUGAAGGACACAGCCAAGUUCCCCUCCUUAGCCUGGGUUGAUCUUGGCAACAAUGUGGACGUCUCCUCCAUGCCACAGCCUCUGCUUGUUGGCUUACGGAAGCGCCUCAGCCAGCAGACCACACUGCCCACCAUUUACGAGUCCCUGGACUGUGACUCUCAGGCAUCCAGAAAAGGAGCCCCUUCGGAGAUGCAGAACGAGGCUACUUGCUGCAGCUGUUGCGGGAAGGCAUACGGAGCCAGCCCCGGGUCUUUCCCGUCCCAGCUGCGCUGGGUCCGCAGGUCCGAGGAGCCGCGCGAGAGCGGGGUGGAAGGACUGAAUGGCUGCUGCCUGGGGGCCUGGAUGGACAGCGCCUGCCCCCUCCUCCUCCCCCUCUUCCUCUCUGAACAAAGGGGGAUGGAGCGCGAGGCCGGCCAGCGCCUGCAGCCAAAACAUGUGACUCGAUGCCAUUGUCAGGGAAUUUAA